AGUACAAAUUGCUUUUUUGGAUUGCUUGACGUGAUGUCAGCACCAGUGUUUUUUUUCUUUUUAACAGCCCACGAUUUCUCAAUUUAACUGGAGCAGCAUUAAUCGAAUGUGAAAUACUUCAAGGCCAUAUUUGGCAAUCCUUCGUUUUGUAAUGCGUUUCCCCAAACAAUAGUGUAAAUGUCUAACAGCCAGAAGCGAUGGAACCGUCCAUGUAAACGCCACAUUUUGAAGCAUUUGUAUCUCUUUAAGGCACAUCGCAGCUAGUUUGCUGCUGAUCAAAGAGCUGUUGAUCGCUCUACGCUGGGUGUAAUAUUGUUUAUAGAGUAGGGGAUUUCCACAGCCAGAGGAAGUGAUAUUGACUUAAGGGGCUUUCCAGCCAGAACAGUCAGUCAUCGCAGCGAGUGCAUCGGCGCUAACACCAGCGGCAGAAAAAUGGGGAAUUUUAACAUUGUGUAAUCGGCCUUUUUUUUUGUACAAGACGUUCAAAAUGGCAGCAAUGAAUCAGAGGUGCUUUUCGCUGAUAUUUUUACCAGAAGAAGCCGUUUUCCGGUUGGUUUCCCUGCGAAAUUGACACGUUCGGCUCUGGGAGUGAAGGCUGCAGAGGGGGGAAGGACUAGAGGGGCCGACCCGGACCACGCUCGGAUGAAGAGCACCAUUCGGGUUUUGGGCGGCCGUAGGCCAUGGCAACAGCAAGAAACAUAGAGUCAUUGGCACCCCCACUUUCCCUGGAAUCGCUGGUGCAGCAGGCGAAUGUGAUCCAAGUUCCAGAUAGCCGGCUGUCGUCUCUAAGCAUUGAACCAGAGGAUGGGGGCUUCAAGGAGAGAUUUGUACUGACCGUGGAAAACAAGUACAAAUGUGAACAUUGCUGUCUUCCACUCUGCAAUCCCAAACAAACUGAGUGUGGCCACAGAUUCUGUGGAAGCUGUAUACAAAAGAUUCUUGGGAGUCCAAAACCUGUAUGCCCACUUGAUAAUGUGGCUUUAUAUGAGAACACGGUUUUUAAGGACAUCUGCUGUAAAAAGGAGGUUCUAGCUCUUCACAUCUAUUGUAGGAAUGAAAUAAAUGGCUGCACGAAACAGCUACCUCUAGGAAAGCUUGAGGCUCAUUUACUUGAAUGUCCUUAUCAGGAAGUUCGAUGUGCACGCAGGGGAUGUACAGAAAAGGUUCAAAGGAAAGAUUUAGCUGACCAUUUAAAUUCAAGCUGUACAUAUCGGGAGCAAGCCUGUAAAUACUGCAAGAAAAAAAUCACGAUUGCAGAGUUAAAGAAACAUGAAGACUUUGACUGUCCUGCAUUCCCAGUCCUAUGCCCUAACAAGUGCAAUACUUUUAUUCUGAGAGGAGAGUUAAAUAACCACCAGUUACAGUGUCUCAAUGUGACAAUGUCCUGUCCUUUCUCUCAGCAUGGAUGUAAUUUCCAGGGAAACAACCAGGAACUUAAAGUGCAUGAAGUUAAUGCAAUGGCCCAACAUUUAAAAUGUGUGCUGGUGAAGAAUGAACAUCUUGAAAAUAUGGUUUUUGAACUUCAGAACAAGUUGCAAGAAAAGUGUAAAACUGUUGAUAUUAUGUCAGCCCAGAUAAGCCACCUGGAGAAAGAACAAAGUAAAUUUGCACAGCUUGCAAGUAAGAAUGAAAGUCGACUCGGCCACAUGCAGAAAAUGUUGGCUAGUCAGACAGAUAAGCUGAUGAAUAUUGACCAAACAUCACAACAGGCGUACCAAAGACAGGAGGAGACUGCUCGGGAUGCCAAAACUCUGAGAGAAUCAGUAGACCACCUCCAAACCCGAAUUAGACAACUGGAAUUGCCUGGCAGAACUGCUGGACCAGGUACAGGAGCUGCUAGCUUGACUGAAUUAAGUAACCAACUAAAGAGGUUUGACAGCUUACUGAGUGUCCAUGAUGUGAGGCUGGCAGAUAUGGACCUACGCUUUCAACUCUUAGAAACUGUCAGCUACAACGGUAAACUAAUUUGGAAGAUUCGAGAUUACAAACGGCGAAAGCAGGAGGCUGUUAGUGGAAAAACAUUAUCCUUGUAUAGCCAGCCAUUUUACACAGGAUAUUUUGGCUACAAGAUGUGUGCUCGAGUUUACCUCAAUGGAGAUGGUAUGGGCAAAGGAACCCAUUUGUCGCUGUUUUUUGUCGUCAUGCGAGGAGAAUAUGAUGCACUAUUACCUUGGCCUUUUAAACAGAAAGUAACGUUGAUGCUGUUGGACCAAGGACAGGCCAAUCGCCAUUUGGGUGAUGCCUUUAAGCCAGACCCCAACAGCAGUAGUUUUAAGCAGCCAGUAGGAGAGAUGAAUAUUGCUUCAGGCUGCCCUCUCUUUGUUGCACAGACUGUCUUGGAAAGUGGGACGUAUAUUAAAGAUGACACUAUCUUCAUUAAAGUAGUCGUUGAUACUUCAGACAUGCCAGACCCAUGACCCGAAAACGUGUUGACCACAGGAGGAAUAAAGUUUGCAAAACCGGGUCCACUCUGGUGGUAUACAGCUUUGUUGGUUUAUCAACAGCAGGACAUUCCUCACAGUUGGUCGCCAAGUGCUAGAAUGGUUCACCUGACCUUCUGAAGGCCAAGGGCUUUGCCUCUCACAACGAAGGAGGUUCUACGGGAACAACACUGAUAACUUUCUAGUAGUUGGUGGCGAUUGUUUAUUCUGUGGGGUACCUCAGUGUUGUAGAGUAUAUGAUUGUGCUGAAGUUCUUCCAGACAGCAUUGACUAUCCAAUGCAUGAGGGGAAUGCUGCUAAAUAUGCAAAGUGUUGUAAUAACAACUUGUAUUUAUAUUAGCAUCUUUGACAGAUUAAAACCUUCCAAGGUGUUUCUUGAGAAUGUUUAUCAAGCAGCAUUUGACACUGAGCCACAUAUUAGGGUACAUGACCAAAAGAUUGGUCAAGAUGAUUUUAUUUGUUAGCAUUACAAUCUAGGUUCUGAGAGACUCAACACUGGCCAAAAUGUGCUCUACAUUUUUUUUCUCACUUCACAUGAAUUCAGAUGAGUUGUGAUGAAGGGAAUCUUGAAAGUUGCAACAGUAUGACUCUAGGUCAUCGUCAGUAAAAUUCCCCAGUCAUUUCUGCUGAUCCAGUUAGUUGAGCUGGUGUGGCUUUGGAGGGCGUGGUGACAGAGGGAAGCUUGCAAGAUAUGACUGAGUCAAGCAGGUUCCUCCUGUUUUGUGAACUCAUUCCUACGACAUUCCUACAAAGCUUCAAAUUGAAUGGAAACUUUAAAAGUAUUUUGUUCCUAUUAUGAUAACAUUGUUUCUUAGUGUAGUAGUUAAGGUAUGUUAUCGUCCAGGGUUUUUUUAAAAUUCUUAUCAGUUGUAGUUAUUCUUGGGAAAAAGUAACUGGAAGUUGGGGUAAAAGAAAGAUCUGCAUUUAAAGCGUGGUUUUCACUACCUAAAGACUUGGAGUUCAUGGAAUACUUUUGACCUGAAGUCACUGUUGCGAUGUAGAAAAUGCAGCAGCUAACUUGCAAACACGAAGUUUCCAGAAACAGCAUUGUGAUAAUAAUCAGAUAAUUCAUUUGUAUUUAAUAGUUGAUUGAGGGAAAAGCCAGAAUGCCAUGCUCUCUUUUGAAGUAGUGUCAUGGGAUUUUUGUAAGAGAAAACGGAGGCUCAGUGCAUUGCCUUAUUCAGAAUACAUCUCUGAGGUGUCAGCCUAGAAUUUUGUGCUCUAGUCUAUGGAAUGGAACAUAACCUCUGACUCAAAUGCUACACACCUCUCACCAGCUCAGCCACAGCAGAAAUGCAGUGAUAUAAUUUAUAACUUGGUUUGACAUCAGCAAAUUUCAGUUUGUGAAAUUAUUUGUUUGUUUUUUCCCCUCUUGGAUAAAUCAUUCAUGGAUUAAUGCAUUCUCCUAUGUCCAAACUACUAAAAGCUCUCCAUGAAGAAAUCCAAACGCAAGGUAAUUUCCUUUACUUGUGCUUCCUUUUUUGAAAAAAAACACUUGAUGGGGAUGUAUGUGACCUGAGUACUACUACCUGAAGGAGCAAUGUUGGUAGUAAAUGGAAGAAGAUUGAAACAUAAUCACAGAAUGGGAUAAUGAAAAGGCUGUGGUGUGGAGUGAAGGACAAAGACACCUAAUUAUGAGGUCCAUCUUCAUAAAAAUCAGCAAUGUUCAGUAAUGCAGAGGCCUUGUUUGUAUUAGAGUAAAAUCAGUUCAGUGAGAGGUGCAUAUUCAGAUUCAAUGGUUUUGAAAUGUAUAACUAGAAAUGUACUUCCAUUCACCUCUGGCCCACUUUAUUGUUUUACGGCACAGGUCAUUCAGAUCAUGUUACAUUUCAAAUAAAUUUGAUUGAUUCUCUUGAGAGCUGGAUGCAUAAACACACUCCAUAUUACGGUACAGUACCUUCAAACCAGGAAGGUUCUCAGAUUGCUUCUCAGUCAGUGCUAUAUUAUCUAAAUAGUACUGCACAACAGUUGGUCCUGGUACCUCAAAAAGUAAAAAUAUUGAUCCAGUGGAAAUCAUGAACGUGAAUACUCUCUGCAAUGAUGGCUUUCCCUGUGAAUUAGCCUGCCGAUUCUCCCAGAUCGGACCUUCAUAAAGAUGAGGCGACUGAGUAUGACAGGUGCAUUAUAAUAACCAGUAAGAUUUAUUAUCUUUACUGGAGGAGAGAAUUUUAAAAAUUCUUUUAUUAUCCUCAGUAGGUUUCAGUAUAAGUUGAAAAGCAGUGGGAAAUGGCAGAAGCAGAAUGAUUUGUCUCAUUUAAUGUUAUGCUGAAAAUUCAGCAGGUAUUAAUUUAAUACUGUUUUUCUUCCGAUCUUGUGGUUGGCGAUGGUGUUUUGUGAUUAGGAAGUGUUGAGCAAUUGUGACUUGCUCAGAUUUAUUGGAAGUAUAGCCUAUGGAUAGUUACAAAAAGCUAGAGGUGAUUUUAUUAUUGGGACAGUUCUCGAAAUGAGGGUUGGCUAUGAAAACUGCAGGUAUCAUUCCAGUUUAAAAAAAUGAUAAUUGGGUUUAUUCCUACUUGAUUGCAUUGAUUUUAAUAUUGUUUUGGGUAACCAUUCAAAUAUGUUUGAUCCAAAUUAUCCACAAUUAUAAAUUUCUGCAUUUCUCAAUGCAAAUUUACAAUUAAGCUGUGACAUUAUCACUGGUUUGUAAACAAGGAUUUGAUUACAGUCUGAUGUUCAAAUCCCGAUUAAAGGAAUGGAUUUAUAGAUUUUUGGUAGCGCUGUAAUGUUAUUUUUGUUGUGGAAGGAGUUGUCAUCAUAAGUGUUAACUUGUUAACAUCUUUUUCCAGAAGGUUAGUGACCAUAAACUAACCUUCCACAUUUACUUUCUAAAGCUGCACCCCUUAUCCAGGUGGCUAAAUGGUAGAUUUAUGAAAAUCUGAGUUUAGGAAUCUGCUGCUAAAAGGAAAAAAAGCUGGAUUUAGCAUAGAGACUAGAUGGAUUAAUUGCUGAACGUAUGAAAAGCUAAGAAUGAAUGCUGGCAUAAUGGAAUCUAAACCAAGUGAACCAGUGUGAAGAUAGGAUGGUGAAACGGUGAAAAUGUAAUGAUGACCCAGACUGUCAGAACUAUCACUGUAUUGUUUUCCCAGAUACUGUAUUUUAUGCAAAAAUUCUAAAAAGCCGCAAUCACUUCAAGCCAACAUCCCAUUCAAUAGUUAGAUUUAAAUUAUUAGAAAUUGUUAUUGCAAUGUUUACCUUAUAACUAAAGUAACCUCAAUUUGUGUUUUCAUUUUGUGAAAAUUAUAUUAUUUAAUGGCUGGCAAGUCAGUUUGGCUGAGUGUGUAUAAAUGCACACGUGUGUGUAUGUGUGUGGAUUUUUUUUUAAUUAUUCACACUGGGAGGGCACCAGUGAAGUUACGUUUUUGUAAGAGCUUCUUUCAGUGUCUGUUUGUUGAAACCUUGGUUUCUGUGAUGUUUUGUCAUCAGUGGCAAUGAGAUGAUCUGUUUGAGAAUCCACAAGAUUUAUGUUCCAUUCUGGAAAAUGCCAUUUCAAUAAAUACAGUCAUA